ACGUAAAAUGUCUCUGGGUAUAAGAACGUGUCAUGCAAUGAAUUUAGGGUUUUUCAUUUUGACUUUUUGCAGUUUUACAGUCAUUUGCGACGGGGUGUCUUUGUCGCCGAAAGAUUGGCCGAAAGAAGAUUUUGACAGACUGAAAAGUUAUUCAGCUCAAAGAUAUUUUUUUCCCAAACCAUUAGCUGUGAGCCCUGGUUAUGGUGUGGUCAGCGGGACAACCAAUUCUCUCGCUGUGCAUGCUGGGAUUGUUGCGUUGCAACAAGGAGGAAAUGCCAUGGAUGCCUGUGUAGCUACAGCACUUACAGAAAUAACCCUUGCAGCUGGUUGUUACGUCUCCUUCGCUGGUGUUACAGAGAUACUAUACUACAACAGUCAUGAAAACCGAGUAUAUAGUUUAGAUGGUGGUUGGAAUAUUCCAACUGACCUUGACGUUGAGCAAAUAUUGCCAAUUCACACAACAAAACCAAAUGGAGCAUCGGUUCUUGUGCCUGGGUUUUUUGCAGGAAUUGAUGCAGCGGUCAAAAGGCUAGCGAACUUCGAUCUCAAGACAUUGUUGGAACCUGCGUUGUAUUUCGCUAAAAAUGGAUUUAAUCUAAGUCAUCUCUUGGCCGGAAACAUUGCAGCAAACUACAAUGAUGUCACAUUGCUCAGAACUGAAGAUGGAAAACGACUGUUUACAAACCCUGAAACUGGUGAAUAUUACAAAUACGGCGAACUAUUCAAACAACCAGAGCUGUUAGACGUUCUUCAAUCUAUUGCUGAAAAUGGAGUAAAUGAGAUGUACACUGGAGCCUGGGCGCAAGAUAUGGUGUCACUAGUUCAAAAAGAAAAUGGUGUUAUCACAAUGUCUGAUAUGAGUUCUUACACAGUCAACUGGAAAGAUCCCAUAAAUACGACGUAUUCUGAUUAUGUUGUCUCAACUUCAGGUACCAACAACGCUGGCUCAGGAGGUAUUGAGUUACUGGAAAAACUGAAUCUAAUGGAAUUUGCUGAUCUUCGAAGUUACUCCUAUCUUACAAAUUCGACCAGACUCUACUGGUUUGCUUCUAUAAUUCGCUUUAGUAACUUCAUUUCGUUAUAUUUACGAACAAUGCCAAAUGCAAUUGCUAUUCUUGAACGUGAAUUUCAGUUGGAUUUUUCAAUCCGAAACAGAACAUCGAAGGAAUUUGCUUAUUCUGUUUGGAGUCAAAUGAGCAAACCUGGUGGAAUGGAUGAAAUCAACGAGAAAAUAAAAAAACUUCUAGGUAAGAUUAAAACGUCACUAUGUAUGAGUAAAGGUGGGUGUGGUCACUCUCGCAAGGUGGUCAUACAAUAUACAAGCUUCGAUACAAGCUUCGCGCCUCACUCUGAUGGGGUGGUAGCGAUGGAUAAGUAUGGUAAUAUGUGUUCAAUGAUACAUACAAUCAAUAGUCAACCGUGGGGAACAGGUUUAUUUGUACAUGGAAUUGCGCUUCCACAUUCUGCGGCCAUUAAUAAGUAUUAUAUCAAACAAUUAAGCCUGGUGACUCCGCAGAUAAUAACAAGUGUCUUAGAUGAAAACCUGAAUCCAAAUCAAGCGCUAUCCCGACCCCAGCUUAUGUUGCCAUCAUUGGGUAAUUACUUACAAGAUAUUCGAGUACAGCGUUGUACCAUUGAUCAGAAUGUGUUACAUGAAGUACGACGCAAAGGACAGCAAAUUACGGAGAUUGAUGAUCAUACAUCGCUGGCUAUCCAUGGUCUUGGCGUUUUGAUAUCUGUGGAUAAAGAUGGAUUACGAUAUGCGUCAUCGACUCCUUUCUUAGAUGGUCUUGCUGAGAGUACUAGUGAGACUUAA